UAGUAGCGAGGUAACCGAGGUUACAAUACAAUACAGAUACAUAUUGUUUUGUCAACACUCGUGCCUGACUUCACGGAAUGGUUCUUGCCUGUUUGCAAUGCUCCCGCUGUUAGGAUUGUGUCCGACUGUAUUACUUCUUAUAGUGAAUCUGCAGUCGUAUUUCUGCAUAUCUGAGCUAGUAUUUUUAAUGUCAUGAAGCUAGAUCCAAGUCAGCCAUGGCUACAUAUAUUCACCACGGCACAUGUUUACGUGCUAAAUUUUACUCCCUCCAUCCCACAAUAUAAGAGCGUUUUUUAAACUAGCGUAGUGUCAAAAACGUUCUUAUAUUAUGGAAAGGAGGGAGCACUUUGUUAUCUCGUGAACGCCUGCUCAUUCUUCUGCAGAUUGCAUUGCACACACAAGGACGUCGCUGUCUAACCGUCUGUUCUUCACUUUUAGUCUCAACUGCAACUUGUAAAUUACCCUCAUGUCGACCCAAGAAAUUGUUGGGGGGAAAGUUAGCCCGUGAGAUGGACAAGUGCGCGGACAUGUGGCCCUCUUCGACGUGCUAUUUCAGCACACUUUAUGUUAACAUCACGACUUUUUCAAUUCAGAAAGUGCCCACAAAUGGUAGUGGGUUGGAGAAUAAUUACUUGUCCCUAUAUAAACUGUGGAAAAAGACUAGAUCACAUUGUUUACAAUUCAAAAAGGCGCCCACGAAUGCAUGAUUGUCAAUUUUCUGAUCCGCCACUGUGCCAUGUGGGUAGGUACCUGGCUGCCCAAAGCGAGGCAGAUCACUACAAGCGGGAGAUGAAGAGAGAGCAGGAGGAGAUCAUUGCCGUCCCAGACACCGAGGCUGCUGAGAUUGGGGAUAUCAUGGCGGAGUAUGGGCUCGAACCGCAUGAGUAUGGCCCCGUUGUGGAGGGCCUCCGGAGGAACCCGCAGGCCUGGCUCGAGUUCAUGAUGAGGUUCGAGCUGGGAUUGGAGAAGCCGGACCCUAGAAGAGCUCUGCAGAGUGCUUUAACAAUAGCACUAUCUUAUAUCAUCGGUGGAUUGGUCCCUCUCCUGCCCUACAUGUUCAUCUCCACGGUCCAGGACGCCAUGCUCACAUCAGUUGGAGUCACGCUGCUCGCUCUCCUUUUCUUUGGCUACAUCAAGGGUCGGUUUACUGGGAACCGCCCAUUCCUUAGCGCUGUCCAGACUACCAUUAUUGGUGCUGUUGCUUCUGCUGCGGCGUACGGGAUGGCGAAGGCUGUGCAAGCUAGAUAGUCUUAUGGGGUGCACUCAGUAUCCAAACUUUUCACUAGACUGCAAUGUAUUCAGAACAGAUGUGAUUUUGCUUCUUUGAACAAUGCAUUAUAUUACAUUA